CGAUCUCCUCCGAGUUACAACAUGUCUACGAUAACUGUAAAGGUCGAGUUCGGGGGCGGACUAGAGCUGCUAUUUGGGAACAAACGUGUUCACUCGAUAUCCCUUCCCUCGUUCGUACCUGCCGAUAACACGAUCGCACCUUCAUCACCCCCAAAUUCUGAAACACCACAACCCGCAAAAUCUGAUGACCCUCCUCUACCCGCAAAUGGCCCAAACCAAGAUCCAAUUAAAGGACUUGGGGAGACGAAGGCGAAACCUCUGGAUGUCCAGUACUUGAUGCACUACCUUCGAAGUCAGCUCCUCACAGAGCGGCCGGAACUCUUCAUGGAUGGCGAUACUGUACGCCCGGGAGUCCUCGUGCUUAUAAAUGACACUGAUUGGGAGCUCGAAGGGGAAGGAACGUAUGAGAUAUCAGACGGAGAUGAAAUUGUGUUCAUAUCUACGCUUCAUGGUGGAUGAAGGUUCCAAUGGGAGGCUCGCCGGGGCCAAUGUGAGCCAACCGCCGUCGUGGCUGACUCGUCUGAAUCGGCGAUGACGACAGGGGUGGCGACCUGACCGCAUCUUUUGGUUCAACCAUCAUCUUGUGCACACAUAUAAUCAACACUGCCGCGCUCGCGACGCCAGAUUGAAGGAUGGCUUCAGCGAUUCGAGUUUGUCGCUAUCAGGCAGUCGAUCCCAGCGUCGAAUAUCAUUCUGGUAAUACCAAGGUUACAUCUUUGGAUAAUCUUCUUCCCGAAAGCUAAAUGGGUCAAAGAAAAG